AUGAAACGUAAGUUUGGAGGAAAUAGCAGGGUGAAGAAAUCUCUUCUUAACUCACUAAGAAGAGAGUUUGAGGUUCUGACAAUGAAGAAUGAUGAGACAAUUACUGAGUACUUUGCAAGAGUGAUGGCAAUCUCCAACAAAAUGAGGAGUAAUGGAGAAGAUAUUCCUAAUUCAAGAAUUGUUGAAAAGAUCCUACGAACUCUAACUGAGAGGUUCACAUAUGUUGUAGUGUCCAUCGAAGAGUCAAAGAACACUGACAACAUGUCCAUUGAUGAGUUACAAAGCUCGUUAGUGGUGCAUGAACAGAAGUUUCAAAGGGUGAGCGUGGAGGCUGAGGAACAAGUUCUGAAGGUAGAAGACCGUAUUGGAAUGAGAGGUAGAGGAAGAACACCUUUCAGAGGCAGGGGACGAGGAAGAGGAAGAGGAAGAACAACUUUCCACAAGGCAACUGUUGAAUGUUAUAAGUGUCACAACUUAGGACAUUUUCAGUAUGAAUGUCCGAAGUGGAAUAAGGAGGCCAACUAUGCUGAGUUAGAAGAGGAAGAUGAGCUAUUGCUGAUGUCGUAUGUGGAGUUGCAUGAAGCAUAG